CGCUCUGCAUGGUCCACCUCUGACGGGUGAAAAAAUAAUGUUUUACUGGCUUGAUAAUGUGACAAAUGAUAAAUCGUUGAAUCUUUUGAUGAAAAUUCGCGAGAUAAGAAAACAUACAGGUUCCAAAUUUGAAGAUGUAGUAUUGGCAGCUUAUUCCGCUAGUGUACACAAAUAUCAUUUACGCAUCAAAAAAAUAGCUCCCGAUGCAUUAACAACUAUCUUGACAGUAAGAAUGGCAAUUUCUAGUCAAAAUUUAACGUUAGAUAACAACUUUUCGAUUGCUUUCUUGCGAAUUUGUAUCUCCAAUGCGAAUGGGCAAACAAUCGUCGAGCCAAAUCGGAUUCUCAGUUUUUUAAGCGUCUUCAAGAUAUUACAAGAUCAAAUAACGA